AUGGUCAACCAACUCACCUACUCUUCAUUUAUCUCCAUGCCAACCCCAUCUCCUCCAGCACCCACUCCAUCCAACUUGCCCCCACUAUCAACAGUCACACAACCAUCCACUCCAACCAAAGAAAAUCAAAGUAGUCUUGCAUCAUCUGCUUCAUCCUUUUUACCAUUUGGUUCAUCAAAUACACCUUCCACUACUGGAGGAGUAGUACCACCUCUCUCUAAAAAGCAAUCAAUUGUUUCAUUCUUUGGUGGAUUUACAGGACUUGCACAAAAAGUUUCGGGUGGUGGUAGCAGCAAUACAAACAGUCCAGCUGUAGUACAACAGUCUAGUACCGCUGGAAACACACCAGCAUCGGUUGGAACACCAACUCCAGGUGCACAAUCAACUCCAUUGUCUGCAUCAACUCCAAUGUCAACCUCUAAUACAAACUCUGCAUCUGGACCAUUGUCACCAUCGAUUCUAACUACACCACCACUUUUCAAUGCACUCAAACAAACUCAAUCAAAUGCAUUCUCAUCAGCACCAUCCUCUAGUAGCCAACAACCAACCACCACUAUUUCAACACCACUCAUCCCAACAGUAUCCAGUCAAUUGUCAUUACAACAGAGUAUGCAAAUGAAUCAGGCAACGACCACAUCCACAUCAUCUUCUAUGCAAAUAUUCGAUCAAUCAAUCAUGACAAUGAGUAGUGGCAGUCAAGGAGGUAUUACUCCACCAUCAACAAACCAAUCCACAAACCAUUUGUCAUCCAACUUUACAUCUUCAACCAUUCAACUAAGUAGUGCAAACAUUGGAAAUAACAAUAACAAUAAUACUAUUAGUAUCUCUGGCAACAGAUGUCUGCCAACGUAUUAUGAUGUAUUGAUGGAUGCUCCAAUCUAUCGAAAUGGAGAAUUGGAUAAACUAGAUCAAAGCGAGAAAAAGAAACCAGAUGCUGUAUUGGUUGAUCGGUUGAUAUCAAAGAAUAUACUCAUUGGAAGAAGUGUGAGAGCUGUCAGCUUGCUCUUGGACAUUACACCUGACCACCCCGAAUUUAUGGCACGUGCCAUGAAGGCUGGUGUUGUAGCAGCCAGCAUAUCACAAGAUUUCUACCAAAACACGAUGAAAUUGGUGGCAGACAAUUUGAUAGUGGCCAACAAACUAGACGAUGGCGUUCAAAUACUCUGUCUCAUUGAUAAGACAUUAGAGGCAUGCAAGUAUCUUCAAGCAGCCAAUCGGUGGGAAGAAGCUGCCAAACUGGCCAAAACAUCGCUCGGCGAAUCCGAGUGUAUGGUUGUAUUGAGAGCAUGGGCAGUUCAUCUUGUUCAACGUAGUCAACAGUACCAACAAAUCCAACAAAACCAUUUUAAUGCCAACCAUCGAAACCACCACCACCACGCCUACGAACAAGAAUUAAAUUACUAUCAAAAUCAUUAUGUCGAUGAUGCUAUUGCCAUUUUAUUAUCGAUUGGUGAUUACUAUGCAGUACUUCAAUUACUCUAUGAACAACAACAAUAUGGUCUAGCUUCUCACCUCAUAGAUAUUUGUUUAGAAAAUAAUAUCUUUCAACAAGACCAUCAACAACAGGUCAACAACAGUGAUAAUAAUAAUAAUAAUAAUAAUCAAAGAAAUAUAUCACUAUCUUCACUUUCUUCAUUGUCAGAUUCAACUUCAUCUCUUUAUUUACCAAUUACAAAUAGUCAUUCAGUAACAAAUGAUCUUCCACUCAAACAAUUAAUGGUGAUUAUUUACAAGGAAUAUGGAAAUUUCCUACACCAAAUUCACAAUAGUGUAGCUGCUGAAUUAUAUUGGGAAAAAACUGGAAGAAAGAUGAAACAUUAA